CACCAAUGAGGAGCCUCACAGGUAUGCCUGAUCGCAUGUUAUGUGCAGUGCUGGAGCAAUUUCAGCUUUACUUUUCCCUUUGAUCCACUCCCUGUAUAGCACGGCCAGCCCCAGCAUGCUGAAGAGAAAGCAGAGCUCGCGGGUCGAAGCCCAGGCCAUGACAGACUUUGGGCCGGACGAGACCCUGGCUGACAGCGCUGACAUCUUCUGGAUCAACAAGCCAUGGGUGCACAGCCUGCUGAGGGCCUGUGCCAUCGUCAGCGUCAUCUCGGUGUGCAUGAACACCCCCAAGACGUUCGAGCACUACCCCCCCCUGCAGUACGUCACCUUCACCCUGGACACCCUCCUCAUGUUCCUCUACACCGCGGAGAUGAUCGCCAAGAUGCACAUUCGAGGAAUUGUCAAGGGGGAUAAUUCCUACGUGAAAGACCGUUGGUGUAUGUUCGAUGGCUUCAUGGUGUUCUUCCUCUGGGUGUCCCUAGUGCUACAGGUGUUUGAGAUAGCAGAUCUGGUGGACCAGAUGUCUCCCUGGGGAAUGCUCCGAAUCCCCAGAGCCCUCAUCAUGAUCCGGGCUUUCCGAAUCUAUUUCCGCUUUGAGCUUCCGCGCUCGCGCAUCACCAACAUCCUCAAGCGAUCGGGGGAACAGAUCUGGAGUGUGACCAUCUUCCUGCUGUUCUUCCUCCUCCUCUACGGAAUCCUGGGAGUACAGAUGUUUGGAACGUUCAACCACCACUGCGUCACCAACGACACCGAGAAAGGGAACGUGACGUGGAACAGCCUGGCUAUCCCAGACACCCAUUGCUCCCCGGACGGUGAAGGAUACCAGUGUCCUCUGGCUUUCAAGUGUAUGGACCUGGAGGAGCUGGGUCUGAGCAGGCAGGAGCUGGGAUACAGUGGCUUCAAUGAGCUGGGAACCAGCAUUUUCACGGUGUACGAGGCGGCGUCCCAGGAGGGAUGGGUGUUCCUCAUGUACCGAGCCAUUGAUAGCUUCCCCCGCUGGCGCUCUUAUUUCUACUUCAUCACCCUCAUCUUCUUCCUGGCAUGGCUCGUCAAGAAUGUCUUCAUAGCUGUCAUCAUUGAGACGUUUGCUGAGAUCAGGGUUCAGUUUCAGCAGAUGUGGGGGUCGAGAAGCAGCACCACCUCUACUGCUACUACACAGAUGUUCCACGAGGACGCGGCUGGAGGAUGGCAGCUUGUAGCUGUGGACGUCAACAAACCCCAUGGCCGUGCGCCUGCAUGCCUCCAGCAACUGAUGCGCUCCUCGGUGUUCCACAUGUUCAUCCUGAGCAUGGUUGCCGUGGACGUCAUUGUUGCCGCUAGCAACUACUACAAGGGAGAAAACCAUCGGCAAAAGUAUGACGAGGUGUUCUACUUGGCGGAGGUGGCAUUCACCGUUCUGUUUGACCUGGAGGCUCUCCUGAAGAUCUGGUGUCUGGGAUUCACAGGCUACAUCUCCUCCUCCCUGCACAAGUUUGAGGCUCUGUUAGUGGUGGGCACCACCCUGCACAUCUACCCUGUCCUCUAUCACUCCCAGUUCACCUACUUCCAGGUGCUGCGCGUAGUGCGUCUCAUCAAGAUCUCCCCCGCGCUGGAGGACUUUGUGUAUAAGAUCUUCGGUCCCGGGAAGAAGCUAGGCAGCCUGGUGGUGUUCACAGCCAGUCUGCUCAUCGUCAUGUCAGCCAUCAGCCUGCAGAUGUUCUGCUUUGUGGAGGAGCUCGACCGCUUCACCACCUUCCCCAGGGCGUUCAUGUCCAUGUUCCAGAUCCUAACCCAGGAGGGCUGGGUGGAUGUGAUGGACCAGACCCUGGUCGCCGUGGGAGACUGGUGGGCUCCUGUAGUAGCCAUCUACUUCAUCCUCUACCACUUGUUUGCCACCCUGAUCCUGCUCAGUCUGUUUGUGGCUGUGAUCCUGGAUAAUCUGGAGCUGGAUGAAGACCUGAAGAAACUCAAACAGCUGAAGCAAAGCGAGGCCAACGCGGACACGAAGGAGAAGCUUCCUCUGCGCCUGAGGAUCUUUGAGAAGUUCCCCAACAGGCCGCAGAUGGUUAAGAUCUCCAAGCUGCCCUCUGACUUCACCGUCCCCAGGAUUAGAGAGAGCUUCAUGAAGCAGUUCAUUGACCGUCAGCAGCAGGACACCAGCUGUUUGUUCCGCCGUCUCCCCUCUGCCUCCUCCUCGUCCUGUGACCAUUCCAAACGCUCCGCCAUCGAGGAUAACAAGUACAUUGACCAGAAGCUGCGGAGGUCAAUAUUCAGCAUUCGAGCACGCAACCUCCUUGAGAAGGAGACCACCAUCAAUAAGAUCCUGAGAGCCUGCACCAGACAGCGUAUGCUAAGCGGGUCCUUUGAAGGCCAGCCUGCCAAGGAGCGCUCCAUCCUCAGCGUCCAGCAUCACAUCCGUCAGGAGCGGAGGUUUUUCUCUCCUUGCCCCCCUCUUUCAUUUAAUUCAACUUGCUUUAUUAUUAAACAUAUCAUACAACUUAAUUACUAUCAUCAAUCACAAACAAACAGUCAUUCAAUUAUAGUGACCAUGAAGCUAAUCGCCAUGUCGCCAGCCGGGUACUGGCAGAGCAGACGCAACCGCUACGACCUGCUGGUGACAUCACUGGGGGUCAUCUGGAUAGUCCUCCACUUUGCCCUGUUGAAUGACUACACCUACAUGAUGGGCACGUGUGUGAUCGUGUUCCGCUUCUUCACCAUCUGUGGAAAGCAUGUGACUCUGAAGAUGCUGCUGCUGACCGUGGUGGUGAGCAUGUACAAGAGCUUCUUCAUCAUCGUCGGGAUGUUCCUCCUCCUCCUCUGCUACGCCUUCGCUGGCGUCGUCCUCUUCGGCACCGUCAAGUACGGCGAGAACAUCAACAGGCAUGCCAACUUCUCCACGGCGGGCAAGGCCAUCACGGUUCUGUUCCGCAUCGUCACCGGGGAGGACUGGAACAAGAUCAUGCAUGACUGCAUGGUGCAGCCUCCCUUCUGCACCCCAGACAAGCACCGCUACUGGGAGACCGACUGUGGAAACUACGCGGGGGCUCUGAUCUACUUCUGCUCUUUCUACGUCAUCAUAGCAUAUAUCAUGCUCAACCUUCUCGUGGCCAUCAUCGUGGAGAACUUUUCUCUCUUCUACUCCACGGAGGAGGACCAGCUGCUGAGCUACAACGACCUGCGGCACUUCCAGAUCAUCUGGAACAUGGUGGACGACAAGCGCGAGGGGGUGAUCCCCACGUCCAGGGUGAAGUUCCUGCUGCGCCUGCUGAGGGGCAGGCUGGAGGUGGACCUGGACAAGGACAAGCUGCUCUUCAAGCACAUGUGCUACGAGAUGGAGCGCCUGCACAACGGGGGAGACGUCACCUUCCACGACGUGCUCAGCAUGCUGUCGUACCGCUCGGUGGACAUCAGGAAGUCCCUGCAGGUGGAGGAGCUGCUGGCCAGGGAGCAGCUGGAGUACACCAUCGAGGAGGAGGUGGCCAAGCAGACCAUACGCAUGUGGCUCAAGAAGUGCCUCAAACGCAUCCGCGCCAAGCAGCAGCAGUCCUGCAGCAUCAUCCACAGUCUGAGGGAGAGCCAGCAGCAGGAGCUGAGCCGCUUCCUCAACCCCCCCAGCAUCGAGACCACCCUGCCCAGCGAGGACAACACCCACAGCCGGGACCACCCCUCGCAGCCUGAGCUGAGUGGACUACAGCAGCUGCUGAGCCCCACCCUGUCGGACAGGGGGGGCUACAGGCAGGACUCCUCCGAACUGGGGCGCCCCCAGAGGAAGCUGGGACAGUGGAGGCUUCCCGCAGGACGCACCAGCGUCAAGUCCAUGGUGUGUAAGAUGACCCCGGUGACCGACGAGGCCUCCUCUGGGUCAGAGGUCAAGAAGUGGUGGACGCGUCAGCUGACCGUAGAGAGCGACGAGAGCGGCGAUGACCUCAUCGACAUCUAGCGGGCCUGCGCUGCGGUGCGAACAGACCGCAAACAUUGAAGGAAGGCCCAAAACUUCUGCUCUCUAUGUGAACCAACACAAUCAGACAAAGGACCCUAAAGUAACCUGGGGAGGAGAUGUGCUUCCCCGCUGUUUUAUUGGGGGCGUAUGUUUUUUCGAGUGACAGACGUGCUUGCUGUGAGCCAAGAGACUGUGAAGGCGGAAAUGUCUGACAUCGGUUAGGUUACAUGUUCACUUCCUGUCUGACGCUGUGGACUCCACGUUCACUUCCUGUCAAAAUCCUUUAAGCUCCUCCUCUGUUUCCUGUCUGACCCCUUGUAGACUCCACCUCCACUUCCUGUCUGAGCCCUUUAGAGACUUGCUGUGUUGUGGCUCCAUGAAAACUAGAGUAUGCUGUUUUAGACUCAGCCACUGUUGGGACUCUAAGGGAAUGUUGCGGUAAGAAAAUUGUGUCUCUUCAAAGAGCCAUAGAAACUAUUAUGUCCGAUUUAUAAAGAGUCAUCUACUCAACUACAUCAGAUUUAUAGAUUCCAAAAAACUUACAUCAAAUGUACUUAAGACUUUCUGGCUUUCAUCAGACCUAAAAAAAAGAAUACAUUUUAUAGUAAGGUGAUGAAAUAAUAUACUUAACUAUUUAUACAAAUUAUACAUAUAGGUGAUUGUAUUGAAACAGCUGCUUACUGAUUAAUAUCAUGAUUCAUUUCUUAGCUGUAUGUUCAUGCGUUUGUACCAAUGUCAUAUGUGUCAGUGUUGAUUGUGCCAAAAUCCUUUGAAAGACGUUAAAUGUUUUUGUUAUCGUUCUUUGUAAUUUGUACUCAUAGUAAUAUGUUUAGUCAUUUAUGCUCAUUGUUGGGCGUGUGCAUUCCUAUCUAGUCACUUUACACCAUGAUGGUGAAUCCAGGUGUUCUUGCUUGGAACAAGCUUCAUUUAUUAUCUCAAGGAUAAUGCCACCAUCUCACUACAGCAGAAUUUUCUAUAAUGGAUAUUGAAAACUGGAGAAAAGUUGAAUGUUCUGGCAACCCAAUCAGAGCGAAGAUGUUUCAAAGCUCCUGCACAUGAGCCUAUCGGCAUGUUGCACAUCACAAAUGAACAGUACCACGUCCAACCCUGUUCAUCGAAGUCCAUACAAAUAUGCUGUAGUGAAAGCUGCCAGUAACUAGCAAAUAAAGAUGAGUAAGAAGAUGUUGGCUACAUCGGCUGAGUCUAUGAAUCGAUAGGGGACCGUGAAUGUACUCUUAUAGAUGUAUUCAUGUGUAGGGUAUAAUAUCAUUUAAAUGACAUAUAGUAUAUUUUGUAAAAUAUAUCAAUACUUUUGGUUUAUAUGCACAGUAUUCAGUCAAUUCUAAUAAAGCUCU